AUGUACACCGCAAGUACGGGUGAGGACACGAGGGAUAACGUAGUUCUUCUGCAAACGUUUCGUGCGUGGGUCAUCGCUGAUGACCGCUCGGUGUACAUCAGAGGGAUAUUUGAUGGCGGAAGCCAGAAGACUUUCAUCAGGCAAGACAUCUCCAGGAAAUUGAAGCUGCAAGUGCUGGGAGAAAUAGUUGUACGGCUGAACACGUUCGGAGAUGCCACAGGAUCAGAAACCGCUCACAGACACCGCCUGGUACAAGUACGACUGCGAAGUCAAUACGAUGAGAAGGAAUACCUACUUGAAGCGGUGGACAUCCCGUUCAUCUCCAAAGACAUCGUAGCAGCUUCCGUGAACGACAGUUUUGUCGCAGCAGUCAAAGCCGAGGGUGGAUGCAUCGCCGACGAGGUUUUCUUUGCUGGAGUAGUGGCCCAACCUGGAAUCGGGCUAUUGGUCGCAGCGGACCAAAUGUGGCGACUUCUGAAAACCGAGGUGAGACGCUCUGCUGGUUCUGAGAGCACAGUGGCUGUCAACACGCAUCUGGGAUGGACGUUCCAGGGACCCAGCCUACUGAAGACAUCGGUGACUAAGGGUAUGAAUGCUCUAACUUGCGUGCUCCACGUUCAAGCCACGACAGAGGGGCAUUGCCUCGACAUCAGGAAGUUAUGGGAUUUGGAGAGCCUUGGGAUCAUCGACGACACAAGUGACAAGCGUCUUGAAGAUGACGUGACCUUGAGGGACUUCGACAGCACAGUCGAAGAUAAGGAUGGUCGAUACCAGGUCGGCCUAUCGUGGAAGGCAGACAGUACUUACCUGGGGGACAACCGCAAGGUGGCAGAGCGCAGACUUGAGAGCCUGGUGAAGAGGCUACGCUCCAACGAGAGUCAACUGCUUUGCUAUGAUGAAGCAAUGAGGAACUACUUGAUCCAUGGCCACGCAGAAGUGGUUUCCGAAGACGAGUGCACUUCCGCAGAACACGUUUACUACAUGCCUCACCAAGCAGUAUUCGGGGAAGAUUCGGCAACGACGAAGCUUAUUGUGGUCUUCGACGCGUCUUCUCGCGCACCAGAUACCGCAUCGUUAAACGAGUGUUUGGAGAAAGGCCCGAAGCUUAACGCCGAAUUACUGCCACUACUCUUACGAUUUCGCACGGAACGGAUUGCUAUUGCUGCGGACAUUGCGAAGGCGUUCGUACAGGUCUUGGUGAGAGAGGAAGAUAGGGAUGCGCUGCGCUUCCUCUGGUUCCAGGAAACGCCACUAGUGGAUGGCCCUUUGCCCGAAAUCCAAAUCUGGAGAAUGACUCGUGUACCCUUCGGUACGACUUCAAGUCCGUUUCUUUUAUCGGCAACGAUCCAACAUCAUCUGAAGAGAGUCGAGGGACCCCUUAAAGAAACGGCAGAGAAGCUUAGAGAGUGCUUCUCCGUAGACGACUUGCUAACAGGUGCUUCUACCGAAGCAGAAGCCGAACGAUUGUACACUGAAGCGAACACCAUCAUGCAGCUGGCUGGGAUGGAUUUAAGAAAGUGGGCGUCAAGUUCAGCAGUUCUCAGCCAACGUUUCCAAGAGCACGACGACAGGUGUCCUGGAGGGUAUUACGCAGCGACGACAGAACUCGGCCUCCUAGGAUUGCUGUGGGACCGAGAAACGGAUCAACUGAAGCUCUCUCAACAGCUGGAGCCUGUCUUCAAGAGGGAACACGAAACGCGCGGUACUGAAGGUCUCCGCCACCGUCUUUGA